AUGCCCCACGCCGUUCCCCCCUCUCCCUCCCCCUCCCCCUCACCCCCAACCCUCGAAGGCCACCACCUCUACGUGAACGACGGCCUCCUCUCCCCAACCCAAGCCUCUCGCCUGCGCCCCUCCUCCCCCUCCCUCCCCUUCCCCGAACUCCAGCGCCGCUACCAAGAAGACGGCUACCUCUUCCUCAAAGCCCUCCUCCCACGCGCAGACGUCCUUCGCGCACGGGAAUCCUACUUUGGCAUGCUCGCCCCCAGUGGCGUCCUCGCGCCCUGCACACCCCCCGUGCUCGGCCAAUUCGACGCUUCCAAGCCCUCGUCGUCCUACCCGGGCAUCGGCGCCGGCGCAACACCCAACAACGGGAAGCCCGGCGCCGACGCCACCGCCGCCCUCUUCGUCGACCUAGCACUGCAGGCACAUUAUGCAGAGUGGUACAAAGACAACUUCUGCAAGCACCCCGUCCUGCGGGAUUUUGUGGCGAGACUGACGGGGUGGGGGCAGGAUACGCUGGCUGUGAGGCGGAGCCUGCUCAGGAACAAUACGCCGGGGAAUAAGGCGAUUGGCGUGCAUUAUGAUCAGAUUUUCCUGAGGCGGGGCGAGGAUACGAGUGUGACUGCUUGGGUGCCCAUGGGCGAUAUUGGGUUGACGGGCGGUGGCCUGAUUUAUCUCGAGAAUGGACAUCAUCUCGGAAGGGAGAUUGAAGAGGAAUUCACGCGCAAGGCACGAGAGUCUGGGUUGACCGAGGAAGAGACAAAGGAUGCGUUUAACAAGAACAUGAUGUCCAAUGGCUUGCUUGCUGAUGGGCCGAAAGAGUACUCGGAGACGUUUGGGAGAAGGUGGCUGGUUACCGAUUACGAGGCGGGGGAUGUCGUGUUGCAUACGCCCUACACGAUCCACGCUUCGACGAUGAAUUACGAUCCCAAUGACAUCAUUCGAGUGGGUACGGAUUUGCGGUUCGUGAAUGGAAGUAAGCCUUGGGACAAGCGAUGGGACAAGGAUUACGAAUUCGAUGACGGAGUUUGA